UUUUUCUUUUCUAUCAUCGACGCCAUCUUUUUAUCCUCGUGUUAUGUCUGCAUACGAGGAGUCACUUUAUACACUCACUCACAUCUAUUUCGUAUAACUCUAUUAUUUAGAUGAAUCAAAUAUCUUCUCUGUUUUUUAGGUUAUUGCCUAUGAUGAUCGACGUACUUCAUUUGAUAAUUUUACAUCUUUGCAUGUUGAUUGUUCAUUAUCAGAUGAAAAAUUAGCUAAAUUUAAACACGAUCAUGGUCAAUUAGAACAUAAAAUAAAUGAAAAUGAUGAUUCGGAUAUUUCCUAUAUUGAAAUUAUUCCAAUGAAAUUAGUGGGUAAUUUAAUAUUAAAAUGUCGAUUAAAAUCAUUUUCAAUUGAUGAACAAUUAAAUAUUGAAUUUGUUAAAGGAAUUGAAUUUGAUCAUGAAAAUGACGGUAUUAAAUUACUUUAUAUGAAUGAUAAAUUAACUGAUUCUCAUUUAAAUAUUCUCGGUGGUAGUGGAUAUUUUAAGUUAACAAGUGAAAAAGAGAAUGAAGAAUAUAUUAAAAUGUCUGUUGGACAAACAAAUUCUAGACAAAUAAUUUUGAAACCAAUUAGACGAGGAAAUACAAAAUUAAUUGUUAUUGAUCAAUGUUUACCAUUAUCAAGUCGAUUAGAAUAUAAUAAAACAUCAUUAUUAUAUUUACAAGCAUACGAUUCAAAUGGAAAUCAUUUUGAUCUAGAUGAGAGUACAGUUCAAUUAAUGAAUAUUCAUGUGAAUCAAUCAAAUCCUUUAUUAUCUAUUGAAUAUGAACCAAAAUCAAAUUUAAAUUCUUAUACUAUUGCUUAUCGUUUAAAAACAAUUGAUUGUGGACGAACAUAUUUACAUUUUUAUUCGAAACAACGACAACAGCAACGUGAAAGUUCACAAAUUGAAUUUGAAGUAUUUCAACCGUUAACAAUUGAACCAAAAUCCUUAUCAUUACUACCAUUAUCAACUUAUCAAUUGACGAUUCUUGGUGGUCCUCAAUUAUCUGGAACAACAGUAGAAUGGUCAACAAAUGAUACAAAUAUCAUUCAAAUACAUCCAAAUAAUAUUAUUGAAACAAAACAUUUAGGAUAUGCUUUAGUCAAAGCCAGAGUUAUUGGAAUUGAUCCACUUGCCGAUAAGGUACGUUCUUAA